AUGCCUGGAGGAUUUGAGAAGUCAGUAAAAGGGGCCACGAAGCUCAAGCUUGCGGCCCCUAAAUCCAAAUACAUAGAGAAUAUUCUCGUGGCAACUCAUACCGGCGAGGCAGGAGUCGCAGAGGUAUUCCGAACCCUCCAGAUACGACUCAGAGACUCGGCAUGGACCAUUGUUUUCAAGGCGCUCAUCGUCCUACAUCUCAUGAUCCGAGAGGGUCAACUGGAUGCUGCGCUGGGAUACUUGUCCGAUAAUCCAAAGAAAAUCGCGCCCAGUAAUUUCUCUGAAGCCCAAUCGCAGGGACAUAAUAUCCGACGAUAUGCCGAAUACCUUAUCACCCGUGCCAAGGCGUUCGAUGCCUGCAAGACGGAUCAUGUACGAAGCGGACCGGGACGGCUGAAGAGAAUAGGCGUGGACAAAGGUCUGCUGAGGGAGACUGAAAUUGUACAGAAGCAAAUCCGUGCGUUACUGCGGUGUGAUCUAUUGACGGAUGAGCCCGAGAACGAGAUCAGUUUGACCGCGUUCCGUCUCCUCACACUUGAUCUAUUGACUCUAUAUUCAGUCAUGAAUGAGGGCACGAUCAAUGUUUUGGAACACUAUUUUGAGAUGUCGCGGCCGGAUAGUGUACGUGCCCUGGCAAUCUACAAGACGUUUACAAAACAAACGGAAGAAGUGGUUCAGUUCUUGGGAGUGGCAAGACAUUUCCAGUCUGCCACCCGCCUGGAAAUCCCGAAGCUUAAGCAUGCCUCCACAGACUUGGCGCGCCUUCUCGAGGAUGAUCUCAACGAUCCUGAUUUCGAUCUUCGCCGACGGGAGUACAUGGCCAAGAAAGGUGUACGCGUUCCACCGAGCAUGGAAGCCAGUGCGACUGCAGAUGUAUCAAAGCCAAUGCCGAAUCCCCCGAUGUCGAACCAGGCGUCAAACCCACCUAAGCAGGCCGAACAACCGAAGCCACCUCCUGUGGAUCUGAUCGACUUCUUUGAUUCAAUUGAGCAGAAUCAGCAGCCAAUGGAGCAACAGAACUCAAUGCAGUACCAACAAACAGGGUUCCAACAGCAACCGCAACAACCAUUCUACCCCCAGCAGACUGGCUUCCAGCAGCAACCUCAGGCGAUUCAGCAGCAGUCUUUGGCAACUGGAUAUGGCCAGCCACCCCAAUAUGGAGCGCCUUAUCAAGCACAGGGCGCAAACAAUCCAUUUGGGCAGCAGCAACCACAACAGCAGCAGCAACCGCCGCAGCCACUUCAAGCUAUGCCAACUGGCGCUGGAUUCGGAGGGUACUCCCCCAGCCGCAGCAGCAUUGCGUCUUUCCCUCAACAACAGCAAGCACCUCAGACCUUGCAGCCCUUGCAACCCCAACACACCAAUCCGUUCCGCCAAUCAAUGAUGCUCAACUCUCCCACCGGCGCUCAGCCACCCGCCGCUCCUCUAUCGCGACAGAACACGAACCCAUUCGCGAGACGACUCUCCACCGCAACCCCGCAAUACACUCCCCCAAACGAGCAAUUCCAGCCUACGCAAUCCCCACAAGUGCAGCAGCUUCCUCAGCCACAAGCGCAGCCGAUCCAGCCCCAGCGGACGGGAACCAAUCCUUUUGCGCGAGCUUCUCCUGCUCCUCAGCAAGCUCUACAGCCCCCAGCAGCUGCUCCCUUGCGGCCUAACCCAACUGGCAGCACCAACCCUUUCCGACAGAGCCAGUUUAUCAAUCAGCAGACCGGGCAGGGUUGGCAAAAUAGUGGGCAGAGUGGUACAAUGGGUGGAUUAGAACAGCUGGACACGGUGCCAAUCUUCCCGCGCCCCGGCAUGACCUAA